AUGGACCAUGAUCCGGCCCCGUCCAACCUUCCUGUAAGCAAAGAUUGGGGCAGGAAUGGGGGAUUAAAAUCUUCAGUGCAACAGUGGUCCGGGAAGGUCGUCCUGCCCCGUUGCAAUCCCUGUCAACGUGUUGGAUUGGGUGAUUGUUGUGGUUUGUUGGUUGGUGAUGGCGGCGGCGGUGUUGGUGAUGGUUGGUUGGUGAGGUGGUUUUGCGGUGGAUCUGGCGCUGUUGGCGAAUCUGCAAUCACGCGCACGAAAAUGGCGGAAAAUGUGGUGAUGGUAAAAAAUGAACCUUCCACCAACCCCUGUUGCACUGAGUGGAAAAGGCAGUACUUAAGGCUUCAGGAGAAGUACUCAAAGCUUGAACUUCGUCGAAAUGCUCUUCGAGAAGGCAUCUCCAUGGUCAAUGAAAAAUUUGAUUUGAUUGAAGAAGAAAAUAAAGUUCUUAAACAAGCAUUAGAGGGUCUGAAACUGCAGGCUAGAAAGGAGAAAGAUGAGAAAGAAAAAGAAUCUUCAAUGCGGGUUUCUCUGGAGAGUGAGGUCCAUGCUCUAAAGGCUGAGUUACUUUCAUUACGGCAGAAUGGUAAUGCAGCAACUCAAGAGGCAGAUGGGGCAGCAUUGCAACCUCAAAAAAGUCUUGCUGAUGCAGAGACAGAGAUGAGCCGACUUAAGGAACUUCUGGACAAAGAGAUGGUUAGAGCUGAUUUGGAGAAAAAGAAUGCUGAGAUGGAGAAGAAGAAAGCUGCCGAUGCUUUGAAGAAAAUAAAUGCGGAAAAAACGAAGGUUAUUAAUGCAAAGAAGCUAGCUGAUAUUGAAAGGAAAAAAGCCGAGGAAAUUAGACUUCAGCGGGAUAAAUUAAAAACUGAAAUUAAUGAAGCAAAAUCAAAGUUGGCAUCCGAGAUGUCUAAAACUGAAGAAGCAAAUAAGAAAGUUGAGUCAGAGAGACAAAACUCAAUUCAAGAAAGAAAACGUGCAGAUUUGGCAAUGGCCAAAGCUGAAGAGCUAAGGAAACUUGCGGAAAUGAAUUUGAAGAAGGCCAUGGAUGAAAAGGGUAGAAUGCAGCAAUUGUCUCAAACAUUGGUAAAGGAAAGGAAAAAGGCUGAAAAACUAGAGAAGGGCUUAUAUGAACAUAUGUCCUCCAGGACGUUGGUUAUGGCUCCCUUUAACCUCUCUGAGAGGCAAAUAACGGCUAGAAAUGUAGAAGGAAAAGGUGAGCAUUGUUUGGAAACAAUGAAGUCAAGAUGUUUAAUGUAUGAAGAAUUGGAGAAAAAACUUGUGGAGAGAGAUCAUACCAUUACCUGGGAAAAAAAGCGAGCAGAUUCAGAGAUGAAGAAAGCAGAAAAACAGAGGAAAAUUGCUGAAGCACAUAAAAAAGAGGCCAUAAAUGAAAAGCUUAGAGUCAAUCAACUAACUCGAGAAUUAGAAGACAAUAAGCAAAGGAUAGAGCAAUUACAGAAGGAGUUGCAGGAACUUGUUCCUUGUAGAAAAUUUGCCAAUUCUCUGCUUUCUGAAUAUAGUAAGGUGAUUUCUGAAACUGCUACUACAAAACUGUUAAAGAAACAGCUGAAGUUUGAAAAGAUGCUUGUAAAGCAUGCCAAAAAAGUUGCAAGGGCUGAAAUAGGUCGCAGUAAUAUGCUACGCCAGGAAUUAUUUCAACUAAAGCAGGAGUCUCUUCAAUUCCAACAGCGCUUGGAUGCAUUGAAUGAAAGUUUCCUACAAAGCAAUGAAGGUAUAGAUGAAGUGGAAAAGAUUGGCAACUUGAGCUUCACAAGAAAGCAUAUUGGGUGGAACCCCUAUCAGAUGCAAUAUGAUGAUAAAACUGAGAUUGUUACUAAGCCUAGCUCCGCGGCCAGCACACCGGUGUUGGGUUCUGACCCAUUGAAGCAAAACAUAGAACACACUACUUCCUUGCGUCCUCUUUAUGUAUCAGGUAUAGAUUCUAAAUUGGAGCCUCUGUGUAGAGUUUCCAACAGAAAAAUGUUACAGAAUUCUGCCAUAAAUUCCAGUUCGGCAUCGUUUUCUGAUGGACCAUUCGUGGGCUCACAGGACAGAGGUGAUAUUACUUUCACCUCAUCAGCUAAACUAUCAGAGUAUACAUCAAAUGAUUCAAUCCUGGAACCAACUAUAUCCAGAUUGUCUGGUGAGACAAGAAAAAGGUACAAUCCGAACUUUGCUGCAAUAGCGGAAGACAGUGUUAGGAGUCCUAUUAAAGGCAAUGAUGCUGAAAGGGGAGCUGGGGAUUGUAAGAAGAGGAAAAGAAUUUUUGAAGCGGUUGAGUCCAUUGAAAAUUUGUAUUCUAAGGGUCAGAAGUUGCAUCAGGAGGUAUCUGAGAAACUCUCUUUACUUCAUCGUAUACUCAGUGGUCAAAGGGAUGAACCUAUAGAGGAGAACCUGCAAGGAAAUUCUUACGGAAAGCGUGUUAGACGUCACAAGAAGAGAAAAUCUUCUUACGAGGAAGCAAUAGCUAUCCAUCCUGUUCAUGAUGCCGGCAAGGGAAAGAGCGUGGUCGAUAAUUUAGAAAUUAGAGAUUUUGAUGUCUGUAUGCAUGAUUCACUGCCUGUCUAUAAUCUAGAACAAGCUGAUCGAGAUCGUAAGGACGGAAUGGAUAACUUCUUAAUAAACAAUCAAUAUGUACCUCUAGGUUUUGAAGAGCUGGCAAAUCAUGACCAUAUGAAGUUGCUUGACUUAGAUAAUGACAUUGAUGAAAAAUCUUACCGUGCAGCUAUUGCAACACCUCUAUCCCCCACUUUACCCGAGAUUGAGUUUCAGGAAAAUGGGGCACUUGAAGUAGAUAAUUCUAAGAUGCUGGUGGAAGAGAGUUUGUAUAAGGGAUUAUCACAUUUGAAGGAUAAUCUGGCACCAAGUUGUAACGUUGAUGCCCUUGAUGUGGAAAUGGAUUCCAAUAAGUUGAAAAAUGAUGGCUUUUGCAUUUCCAAAUUGCAGUCAAAUGAAUAUCAUGUUGAUGCAUCAAAAAAUCUAACUGGCAAUGAAAAAGGUGACUUGGAUGUUGCUCAUGUGAGCAAUGCUUGUCACCAGAUCAACGUUUUGAGUGGGAAGUUGGGGAUAUCAGUUAAAUCUAAUUGUGGAAACAAGUCAAUGGUAUUUAGUGAAAACAUGGCUGCGUCCGCAUGUGACAAUGGUCCAAAAUAUUGUGUUGUUUUUUCUGAUAACAAUGACUACAGCAGCAUUUGUAGGAUAUUACAGACUAUCAACUGUUAUAUGUCUCAGUACUCUCUGCUCUUUUCAGCAGAUUCUUUCCUCCCGAGUAUUGUGCUUGCUCGUUUGCAGGCUGAAAGUCUUUCUUCUAAGGAGAAGGUCUCCGUGUUCUUCUCAUUGUUAUUGCAUAGAAUUUCGGAGUGUGAAAUGAAAAACUCCAUACACUUGGUUAGCAAUGAUUCAGUGGCCUCCUUGGAUACUUUUUCUGAACGCCUUCUUGCAGUGCUGUCAGAUGUGGACUUAAGAAGGAUAUUUAUGGAAUCAUGUAACUUAUUUGAACUGCUUGAUCUCAUCGAGGAUUUCCUUUUACAGAGAAAAGUUCUGGUCUGUGGUGAUUUAUCUUCUGAGUCAAUGCUUGAAUGCGUUCCAGAAAUGAACCCUGUUAUAAAUGAUAAUGUCAAAAUGUCUGUUGAAGCUGCUUCAUCUCAUUUAUUGGUUGCUGGUGCCAUUUUAUUAGCAUCAUUAUGUAAGGCGGUUGACCACAUUGGUUUUGUUUGUGAGACUUCAUGCAAUAUUUUAAUGAUGGUGAAAUUUGACUCUUCAGUGUUGCUGACUAUUCUUCAUAUCUUUGCCCAUCUAUGUGGUUCCAAAUAUUUUACCAUAGAUCAGUACAGUGUUGCGAUGACAGUUGUAAAAUCUUUGGUUGUGUUACUUGAGAAGCAGAAUCAUUCAACUGUUUCCACUUUUUCUCAAUCCCUAGUCGACACUCCAUCUAAAAUCUGGUCAUGUAGCAAGUGCCCAUUUUCUGAGGGUUCUAUUUCUAUGGAUGAUGUUGCAUCACUGCUGUUGGAUAAGCUACAGAAGUAUGCUGGAGCUUGUGUUUGGCCAGAGGAUUCGUUUGAAUUAGUGAAUUUGUUAGUUCCUGAAUCAUGGUUCCCCAAGGAGAAAGCUGAAGAAGUUUCAAUCCAUGGAGAGCCCGUUCUCUCAAGUUCAAUUUCUGAUGAAGUUUUACGCAACUCCAUUGAUAUUCUUUCAUUAUUUGAGCUCAUAGCUUUUUCCAUGGGCUGGGAUUGGACGUUUGACAACAUUGUCUGUCAACUAUGGGUAUUGUUAGAAGCACGUGUCCUGGGAUGUUUUUCUAUUGCUAUCAUCACACUUCUUGGUCAGCUUGGGAGGCUUGGAGUCAAUACUCGUGGAUACGAGGACACUGGAGUUGAGAAAUUGAGAAGCUGGCUGUCUUCAUUUUUUUGCAGCGCUUCUGAUAAAUUGAGCAUUUCCGUUCAAUUUGCAACAGUAAAUGCUUUAUUUGGUGUUAUUCCUAUCAAGUUUGAAGAACUGGUGGAAAAUAAAGAUGAAACUACAGCAAUUUUAAGCCAAUCCAAUGCUGCCAACUGUGUUAGGAAGUGGUUUUUCUCACUGAGUAGUGAGCAACAGUCGUCCUUCAGGCUUCAAGCUGCUAGUAUGACCAAUUGCAAGACUGGGUCUCCCUCUAGGAAAGUAUGUUUUGAUUCAACUUUGUAA